GAGAAUUGGAGAGCGUUGAGAGAGAGGUGUAAGAUGAAGAUCGAAGAAGAAGAAAAAAGAGUUGACUAUAGUACAACUAUGUAUGUAAGAUGGUGGAGAGCAGCCAAGUAGAGAAAGGAAGAAAGAAGGAAGAAAAAGGAUUUUUUAAUUUUUAAAUGAAAGGUAAAUAGUAAUUUUCUAGUUAAAGUGAACCAGCAGGGGUAGGUAGGACCAUGGGAAUAUCUACCUAAAAUUUACAGCGAAUUAGUUAGUUAUAUACAAAUUGAUAUAUGACGGUUGGCUUGGCGAGUCUUCUCCGACAAAUUUUUACCUGCCAAAAGAGCGGCAACAAAACAGGAAGCAGUGCCACACUUACACCCGCUGAGAUUUUCUCAGCCGACUAAAUGCCCAACUGGGUCGCUGAGAUUCAGUCACACAACACAAUACUAACGCAUCUCCUUUUCAUCCCUUCUCUCAAACUCUGAUCUCGCCUGCGUAGACCAUCAACCAUACACACUCUCUCUUUCAUCAACUGAUGGCUGACUACUCUGGUGUUCUUUUGGGCAUGGGCAAUCCCCUCUUGGACAUCUCCGCCGUUGUAGACGAUGACUUUUUGAAUAAAUACGACAUCAAGUUGAACGAUGCAAUUCUUGCUGAGGAGAAGCAUUUAACCAUGUAUAAUGAAAUGUCAUCAAAGUACACUGUGGAGUACAUUGCUGGAGGAGCUACUCAAAAUUCUGUUAGAGUUGCCCAGUGGAUGCUUCAAAUCCCUGGUGCAACAGGCUUCAUUGGUUGCAUCGGAAAGGACAAGUUUGGUGAGGAGAUGAAGAAAAGCUCAAAUCUAGCUGGGGUUAAUGUUCACUAUUAUGAGGAUGAGACUGCACCUACUGGAACUUGUGCUGUCUGUAUUUUGGGUGGUGAAAGGUCCCUAGUUGCAAAUUUAUCGGCUGCAAAAUGUUACAAAUCUGAUCAUCUGAAAAAACCAGAAAAUUGGGCACUAGUUGAGAAGGCCAAAUACUUUUAUAUUGCUGGAUUCUUUCUCCCUAUAUCCCCAGAGUCCGCUCAACUUGUUGCUGAACAUGCAGCUGCAAAUAACAAGGUCUUCAUAACAAACCUUUCUGCUCCAUAUCUCUGCGAGUUCUACAAGGAUUAUCAGGAUAAAUUUAUGCCGUACACAGAUUUUGUCUUUGGAAAUGAGACAGAAGCAAAAACCUUUUCAAGAGUUCAUGGCUGGGAGACAGAUGAUGUCGAGGAGAUAGCUCUGAAGAUCUCGCAAUUGCCCAAAGCAUCAGGAACAUACAAAAGAAUUACUGUUAUUACUCAGGGUGCUGAUCCUGUCAUUGUUGCCGAGGAUGGUAAACUGAGAAAGUUCCCUGUGGUAUUGUUACCAAAAGAAAAACUGGUUGAUACAAAUGGAGCAGGGGAUGCAUUUGUAGGAGGGUUUUUGUCACAGUUGGUUCAAGAGAAGCCUAUUGAAGAAUGUGUGAGAGCUGGUUCUUAUGCAUCCAAUGUAAUCAUCCAAAGGUCUGGCUGCACUUUCCCUGAAAAUCCUGAUUUCAAAUAAGCAAUACUACCAGAAAAACAGAAAUUUAUUUGGGGUGAGCUUGGUUGUUGAAGAAAAUUUUAUUAAUAUAACAAGAAUUUGAAGAUUAA